AUGGCUUCCCCUAGCGUUCUCACCUUUGACGCUGAGGGUCGGGCAGUGGACUUUGAGGUCUGGGUAGAUGAUCUGCAGCUUUUCCUGCAGUGCGAUAGGGCAGACGGCCUCUCCCUGUUUGACCUCACUUCUAGUGCCUCCCCUGCCCCUACUGCUGAUGCUGACGCCACUUGUAGUCAGGGACCACUUCUCUCUGUUUGCCCCACCACUCUCACCGUUGACCUCCACGAGAAGGCCCUCCUAGCGAUAGAGAAGAGCAUAGUCGCUGUAGGAGCCUCUCGUGGCAACCCUCGCACCCCCGUCUUUGAGGGGUGUUCUCCCUCCCCCCUCUUGCCCUCUGUUGCCUCCGUUGCUGCGGCCGACCUCGUUGGUUUCGAGUUGGUCGGCGCUGCGUCUGCCCCGAGCGAGAGACGCCGCACCGGCAAGGGCAAGGGGGGCAAGGGCACUGGAGGAGGUGGAGGGGGCGGUGGAGGUGGUGGUGGAGGCGGCGGAGGCGGUGGAGGUGGCGGAGGGAGCGGAGGCGGCGGAGGUAGUGGAGGAGGCGGAGGUGGAGGAGGCGGCGGAGGCGGCGGAGGCGGCAGCGGCGUCAGAGGCGGCGGUGGUGGAGCGAGUCGCGACUCUGCGUCGAGGAGUGGCGCCGGUGGUGGUCAGCGCCAGCAGCAGCAGCGGAGUGGUGUGACCCGGUCCCCUCAGCAGCUUCGUGAGUGGUACACUGCACGCCAGCGCGGUGGGGGGUUUUGGUCCUUGCUCUUACGUUCUCCGUACCGGCGACCGCACUGGUGA